AUGUCCGACCAAAGGAAAGGGAUCACCUUUGAUGGUGAAACGUUCACGUUUCCCGAAACAAAUGACAUGGUCAAAACCCUUUUUGACCCCACUGUCCACAAGUCCGCAUGUGAGCUAAUCAUUGUCACUCUUUUAGUUAUGAACUCGCUCGUUUUCUAUUCCGUGCUGAACAACCAGUCUAGAAUAAACAUAUUCGUUGGAAUGUACAUUUUCUGGAGACUUUGCUAUAACUUUGGAAUUGGCUUCUUGCUCAACCAACAGUCCAAUCGCUUUCGUCUCGUCAAGAUCAGUGAAAAGAUGAGGCUCUUUGAUAAAGGCAACAAAUCUUUUUGGGCUCGCUGCGUCCAGACAGAAGUCCAGUCGCAAAUGGGCCCCUCUUAUUCCAUUCUGGCUCACCCUGUGGCUUUCAACACCUGGUUGAUCUUUAGAAAAGUCGUGGAUUUGAUUUUGAUGGAGGACUUUAUUACAUUCAUGUGCGUUGUGGUGGCGUGCGCAAUUGAUAGCGAUUACCAAUUCUUACAUGGACAACCAGUUUGGUUGACUACUCUUCGAUUGGUUAUUGGCAGCAUCUUGAUUGUAUUCAACUUUUGGGUUAAAGUCAAUGCUCAUAAUACCAUCAAAGAUUAUGCAUGGUAUUGGGGAGACUUCUUCUUCAGGCAGAUCAAUAACGAUGAUCUUAUUUUUGAUGGCGUUUUCGAAAUGUUCCCGCAUCCUAUGUAUUCAGCGGGAUAUGUUGGCUACUACGGAUUUGCUUUGAUUGCAAAGUCUUACACAGUGCUUAUUGUGGCUGUUUUUGGUCACUUCUUGCAGAUGGUUUUCUUGCAUCUUGUGGAAAAUCCGCAUAUUGACAAGAUUUACGGCCCUCCACCUAAUGAAACAAGUCUUAAAAAAUUAGUGAAACUAAAGGAUUUGUCCUUCUUUGACAAUGUGGCGCCUUUGGUGGGUUUAGUCAACUUCAAUAUUUUGAGGGCAAGCGACAUCAUAAACUUACUCAAUUGCUUAACGUAUGCAGUUGCAAUUCCUACUGUCUCGUCUUUGGCUACUUACAACAUUGAAGCCAUGGGAAAAGUCUUAUUUUGCAUCGCCAUAUUGAUAAAGGGUUUCGAAAGUUUCGUCAUUAAUGGUGUUCUUUUGUUACAGAGUAAUUACAAAACAAUUAGCGAAUGGUAUCUUGCAAACAAUCUUCCAGUGGAGAAUUCCUUGAAUAACUUUGCGGUGUUGUACAACUCUUUGAUUAAUUUGACUUAUUCUUCCUUUGUCGGUAUGAAUGUCUUCAAGUUGUUGACCAAGCUCAAGUAUCAAGAUCUUAUUAUCACAGGACAUAUAUACUUGAGAAUUUUCUUGGGGUUGUUACUUAUCAUCACUCAAGUUAUGAUUAACACGUCUAUUGUGGACCUGAUUGGAUAUUUUGGCUGGUUUUAUGGGGAUUUUUUCAUUCCUAAGGCGUCUGUUUUACCACAAAGAGCUCAUUUGAGCAAAGGUGGUGUUUACCGGUACUUGAACAAUCCGGAGCAAAUCUUUGGUGUUUGUGGCGUGAUGGGAGUAACCAUGAUUGUGCCAACUUAUGAUAACUUCAUGAUUUGUCUUUUGUGGAUGUUGAACAACUUCUUUAGGAUCAAUUUUGUUGAAAGAAGCCACAUGAUUAAAAUUUAUGGUGAGAGAGAAGUUCUGCAAGACAGCGGAGUCAUGAAAACUGUCAAGAAGCACUUGUUGCCAGAGAGCAUUCAAAAGAAAUUUGAAGUCAGUCCAACCAAUGAACCGAAAAAGAGAACGAACUCUGUUUUCAUUGAGUCGUUCGACUCCUUUAUCAAAGAGCUUAGAAGUAAAAACACGUCUCCUGUUGUCUCAAAAGAACGACUUGCUGAGAUGUCUCAAAACGAGUUCUUUUCCGGUAGCGACUAUUGCUUGGAAAUUGAAGGACUUGAAGAUAGCUCUUUCGUACCGCACUCCUUUAUCGGGGAACCCAUUGAAGUGAAAUUUCGUGCUCCAGCAAAGCAUUCUCCAAAGGAUUGGGUUGGCUUGUACAAAGUUGCACAUACGUCCUUUUCCCGCUAUAGAACUUUGGUAUCUUCUAACAAUCGCUGGGACUGGACAGGUCCCGAAGAACAAGGAACCAUUGUGUUUUCGAAAGAAAAGCUUUUUUGUGAAGAGGGAUUAUACGAGUUCAGAUAUCAUCUUGAUGGAAAACAUGAUGUGGCAUUUAUUUCAGCACCAUUUGAAAUCAAAUUGCGCCACAUUGAAGUUCCUUUAGAGUCAGCAGAAGCCGAUGAGUUGGCAAACCAAUUGAGGAAGUAUAUCUUUGACCACGUUGUCUCAGGAGUCGAUGACAAUGAGACCCCGAUUUUCGUUGGGAUCUCUCAAACACAAGACAUUGUGGCCACAUAUGAACACAUUGCCAUGCUUAUCACCAAGUCAACGGGGGUCAAAGUUGGCAAGAGAUUUUUGAUCUACAACGAUAACGAAACGGGGAAUAAGUUUACUGUGGGAGAUUUGGCAUCAAGAUUGAUAAACAUCAAGAAGGUGAUGCACGAGCUCGAAGGAGACGAGUACCUUCGCAUCAAAAAGUUAGAGUAA